AUGACGACUGGCUUCCUGCUCCUGGCCUUGGCUGUGCACACUGAGGCCUGGGCAUGGACAGGGAAAACGGAGCGGGGCCCGCGUAUCGACGGCAAGGGCCGCUCCUCUGUCACGCUGCAGGAGAACAGCACGCGGCAGUUCAACUGCCAAUCAGACGGCUGGAGCUCCCAGGCCCCGCCCCUGCUCACCUGGUACCUGAAUGGCCAGCGGCAGAGACAGCCGGCGCCGUACGACGGGCCGGAGCGGCUGGUGGUCAGGUCCCCGGUACAGGCCGCGGUGCACCGCAGGGACCCCCGCAGAAACAGCACCUUCUCCCUGAAGGCGCGACGCUGGGACCGGGAGCUGGUGUGUGCCGCCACCAACCCGGGCAGCGGGGAGAGCUACAACGCCACUGUUGUGCUCAACGUGCAGUUCCAGCCUGAGAUCCUGCGUGUGAAUGCUCACUACAUCGACACGGCGGACCCCGGCCUGUCCCUAGUGCUCUUCGCCCUGGUGCGCUCCAACCCCCCCGCCACCAUCACCUGGGUGGACCAGUCCGGCCAGCCGGUGCCCAACACCUCUGACUUCCUGAUGCUGGACUCGCAGGGCUACCCCUGGCUGUCCAAUCACACGCUGCGGGUGGCCGCCAGCACGCUGGUGGGAAACGUCUCCAUCAGCGCCAACAACAGCGUGGGAGCCACCCAGAGCAACCUCACCCUGUCUGACUUCCUGGCGUCUCGUGUGGAGGUGCCCAUGUUGGGCAUCGUGACGGGAGGCGUUCUGGGAUUCGUCACCCUCUUCAUCCUCACCCUCAUCGUGGUCUGCCUGCUGCACAAGGGCAAGGGCAAAGAUGUUGAGGAGCCAAUGGAGCUGGCUUUUACAUCAAAAGGUGCUGACUCCAAGGGGCAGUAUAUUCCUCGGGAGAACAUGUCUCUGCCUUCUCAUGUACAGCUCAACGACAAUGGCUCCUUGUGUAAAACUCAGCCUCAGCAGGAGAACCAGCAGGCCUCCACCUCUAAGGAGAAGAAGGAGGGGGAGGAAGAGGAGGACCUAUCAGAAGCCUACGCUGCCAGAGGCUUUGCCAGGUAUCCGAUGGUUGGAUACAUCUACAAGGUGAACAGCGUGAGCAGCGAGGAGAUCUGGCUUUGAUGCCUCAUUCCUGCCAAUAGGAGACUCUCGCUCAGUACGUCACCUCAGUACGUCACCUCAUCACCUCAUCUCCUCAGUUGCUGUUGCGUUCUCCAGCAGUGACACCCAAGUCUGCUACGUACAUACAUACUCAUGGGUGUCCGCCCAUCUGGUAGGUAAAACCACCAAAGGAAUAACUGCGAAAAAGGGGCAAACAUGAAAAACAAACACAAAACAUCAACAUCAGUUUCUCCAGAAUGUACUACUUCGCAAGAGAUCACCUUUCAGAUCAUGCAGUUCGUCUCCCCAUCUCUUCCGCUCUUGUGGUCCCCAACAGUGACAGUCCACUUUAUGCACCUCAGGCGGGUAGGUCAUAUGGAAACCACCAGUGGAAUAUGAGCAAAAAAGGGACAACACGUGAAGAACGCACACAACACAAAACGAAAACAACGUCUCCAGAAUGUACUACUACACAUGCAGAUCAUAAUAUGGUACUGUAGAGCAUCCAGGCUGUAACCCACCAGAGGAAUAACAGUUAAACAACAACAACAUCAACGCAAACCAAACUAACAAAAAGAAAAACAACGCAAAAAUUGCACCAAAAUAAUAACAAGCAAUUAAACUAUUAGGAACCAAAAACCACUUGCUCCAUGGACCUUCAAGACUCCAUGUCAUCCUCCAUGUUGCGUUGGUCCACGCAUGGCUGGCUCUGCUACCGUCCCACACCCGAGGAGUCCAUUUUAUCUCAAACCUUAACCCCAGUGAUGGGCAACCUUGAGUCAGAAGCUACA